AAGAAAACAGAUGCCAAAAGGGUUACUUCCUGUGAUACGCAUGUACACAGGAGGGAUUAAAUUAUGAAAACCUCGAAGAAAAAGGAAUCAACCAGGCGACCUCAGGAAAAUAAUGCAGAGGGCAACAAUGAAGAGGAAAGUGAACUGUGUCCUGGUUUCAAAGACGUAGACGCCUUCGUUAAAUAUGGUUUGGGGGCUGUGUUAUCAGCCACUAAAGCCUCAGCUGGUUUACCUCAGGCUGGAGACGAUUAUGAUUUCUAUCGGAGCUUUCCUGGCUUCCAGGAGUUCUGUGAGAGUCAAGGAGAUAAGCUUUUGCACUGCAUGAGUCAGAUAAUGCAGCAUCAUGGCUGUAGAUCUCACAUAAGAGACCAGAACAAACUGACUGGAGUGGAGGAGAGGUUUGACUUGGUUGUAGACUCAAACGAUGUUAUUCUCGAAAGAGCGGGUAUCCUCCUUGAUGAAGCUGAUGGGGUGAACAGGAGCCAGAAUCCUGUUAUGCCUGCUGGGUUUCAGCCUCCCAAAAUAGUUGUUUCCAGCUGGAAUCGUAAGGGUUCCAGCUCUCGAUCAGAAACUUUCCGACUUCUUCAUGCCAAGAACGUGGCGAGGCCCCAGCUGAAAUUCAAGGAGAAAGUUGACAACAGCAAUACGCCUUUUGUUCCCAAGAUUUUCAUCAAGCCGAAUGCAGUGAAGCCACUUCCAUCGUAUUUCUCAAACAAACAAAUACGUAAAGAGAGGCCUGAAGACCUCGAUGUCCCUGCUGCCCUGGCUGACUUUAUCCACCAGCAGAGGACUCAGGAACAUGUGGAAGACAUGUUUGCACAUCCAUACCAAUAUGAGCUGGACCACCUAACUGUACCAGAAAGCUUACUGUCUAAACCAGAGCCUCAGAUGUACAAACCCAUGGCUGAGACCAAGCUAUCAUUUAUUGACUCACUGGACGACCUGGUCACUCUUAACGAGAAGCUGUGCAGAUUAUCUGAAUUUGCAGUGGAUCUUGAGCACCAUUCCUACAGGAGUUUUCUCGGUCUCACCUGCCUGAUGCAGAUCUCCACCAGAGAGGAAGACUUCAUCAUCGACACUCUGGAGCUCCGCAGUGAAAUGUACAUCCUCAACGAGGCCUUCACUGACCCCAGUAUAGUAAAAGUUUUCCACGGUGCUGACUCUGACAUCGAGUGGCUCCAGAGGGACUUUGGCUUGUAUGUUGUCAACCUUUUCGACACCCAUCAGGCAAGCCGAGCCUUGAACCUGGCCAGACAUUCCCUCGACCAUUUACUCAAACAGUUCUGCAACGUGAACUCCGACAAACGCUACCAGCUGGCUGACUGGAGGAUUCGCCCCUUGCCAGAAGAGAUGAUCGAGUAUGCUCGCGCAGACACCCACUAUCUCCUUUACAUCUACGACUGCAUGAGGGCACAGCUGCUGGAGUCGAACCACGGGCAGCCGGGCCUGUUGCAGAGUGUCUGGAACAAAAGCAAAGACGUUUCAUUGAAGAAAUACAUGAAGCCAAUCUACACAGAGGAGUCGUAUUUGGAGCUCCAGAGGAAGCAGAAAAGGUCCUUUAACACCCAGCAGCUCACCACGUUCAGGCUGCUAUACGCCUGGAGGGACAAGCUGGCCAGGCAGGAAGAUGAAAGCACCGGAUAUGUCCUGCCCACUCAUAUGAUGAUCAAAAUAUCAGAAGAGCUGCCUAAAGAGCCUCAGGGUAUCAUUGCUUGUUGUAACCCCGUCCCACCGCUGGUGAGGCAGCAGGUCAAUGAGCUUCAUUUGUUAGUGCAGCAAGGCAGGGAGAUGCCACUCCUGAAGGCUGAGAUUGCAGCUCAGAAGAAGAAAGGACUUACACCUAUUAAAAAGGCUGAAGUGACGUUGUUUGGUCCACAUGAUACGUCCAGGGGGUCCGAGAUCGACCGUCCUCAGGAUACAGCUGAUGAAGUCCCAGUUAAAGAAGGAAUCCUUUUCUCAGAGGAGGAUCAUAAAAUGGACGUUGAUGAGCAAAAAAUAAGCAGCCUUUUGGCUCCAGCAAAAAUUACCCUUUUCCAGGAAAUGGAAACUCCGGCUGACCAAGAGUCCCUCUCCGUAGCCCAGACCAAAGCCAGGCGCAUUAUUGAAUCUUUUGAAAAUCCUUUCAGAAUGUAUUUACCCUCCACUGGUGUGCAUGUGAACAAAAACGCUAAGUUUGACCCGUCUUCAAAAAUAUUUGAGAUCAGCAAGAGAUGGAAACUGCAGAGUAUCGAACAGCAGCAGAAAGAGAUGGAGGUCAAGAAGAAAUCAACUGAAGAAGCAAAACAACAAGCAAAGAAACUGUCAGAGGAAAGAACCAAGGCUAAACAGAGCUACCAGGAGUCCCUGCGUAAUAUCACCACCGUACGCCAGCAAGCAGCACAGUCAAAGGAUGGUGCAAAGAAGAGGGCAAGGGAGGGCAGUGAGGUUGGAGAGGUGACUAAACAAAGUAAAAAGCUAAUGAAAUCAACAGAGAAAGCACAGAAGACUGAACCUCCUGCUAAAGAAAGCUUCACACCCUUUGACUAUGCUCAGUCAGAUCUGAAAGUUUUUGAUGGCUCCAAAGCGAAGGACGACACACAGUUUGAUCCAAAUCGGCAAGCACAGGGCUUUAGGAAAAAGAGGUUUCCUCAAGGUCCAAAAAACAACAGUUCUGCAGGAAACAGAAGUAUGUCAUACCUCAGUGGCAAAUCAAACAGAGGAUUCCGACAUAACUGGCCCAAGAGAUAAACUCUUAAUUGUUCUUCUUCCUUUUAACUCAUCUGGAAUACAUUUAUUUUUCUUUUAUUUUGUCCUUUAUUGCAAGGGAAAAUCUGUAUUUCAGAAUUAAUAGAUUUUGAAAGUUUUUCCUCCACCUGUGAUGCAGCCCUGUAAAUAUGUGGAAGCAUACAACUCUUUAUUAAAGAUGACUUUUAAAAGAAAAA